UAUGGGUUAGCCGCAAAUAGAAACGGAAAUUUCCGAUAAAAGAAGGUGUACUGUUUCCGAGAAAACUACACGCAGUAUUAUCGUGUAAUCCUGAUUUCGACGAGGAUCCUGUGUAAAGCACACAGCACUCUAGACAACAACGUCGGUAUGAAGUUUGGGAUUCGUGUGGUGAGGGGUCCAGACUGGUCUGGAGGCAACCAAGAUGGGGGUGAAGGUCACCUGGGCACCAUGGUUGCAAUACCCACAGCUGGGAAAGUGUUGGUCAUCUGGGACACGACUGGUGAAGAGCGGAUGUACAGUGCUGGGAGGGAUGACAAGUUUGAACUGAGAAUAUAUGACAAUGGACCUAUAGGGGUUAAGUUUACAACAGUGACAUGUGAUGCUUGUAAGACGCAAGGCAUUGGAGGAAUGCGCUGGAAGUGUUGUGUAUGCACUGACUAUGAUCUCUGUACACCAUGCUACUAUGCUGAUCGUCAUGACAGAACACAUCCCUUUCUUCGUUAUACAACAGAAGACAGCAAACUUGUACGCCUACCACCACGCAGUGCAUCUAAUAAACAAGAUGUGCAUGGACUAGUAAAAGGUGCAGUAGUUGUUCGUGGUCCACACUGGCGUUUUGAAAACCAGGAUGGAGGCCCGGAAAGCAAAGGUGAGAUUACUGAGGUGGGAACAUAUUCAGGUGGCUACUACAGAGGUGGAGUGCGUGUCAGGUGGCCACACAACCCAGACAAACUGGUUGGCUACAGGACUGGAGCUGAGGGGAAAGUAGAGCUGAAAGCAGUUUCAAACACAAAGGGUGGCACCUUCUACCCUGACCACCUUCCUGCCCUUGAUGUCAUAAAGCCAGACCAGAUCCAUCUAAAGCAAGGUGACAAGGUGAUUGUAGAUGUGGACCUUAACACAUUUCAGAAGCUACAUAAAGAGCACAGUUGUGGAUGGAAUGAUGGCAUGAAACAGUGCCUUUCGGAAGUGGGAACAAUUGUUAAAAUCCCACACAGCACAAUAAUGCAACUGCAGUAUGAAGAUGCUCGUGUAUGGAAUGUCAUUCGCCAUGUCUUAAACAAAGUUGGUUCCUUUCAAAAAGGAGGCAGUGUGCAGAUAAUUGACAGCUAUAAUGCUGCUGUUGAGCUACAAGUUGGUCAUGGAGGGUGGAACGACCGAAUGGAAGAUGUAUUAGGAAAACUUGGAAAGAUAAUGGACAUUGAUGGAGAUGGAGAUUUAAAAGUUGAGGUUGAUGGGAAAAUUUGGCUUCUGAAUCCUGUAAGCUGCACACAGCAUUUCGACAUUAAUCAACAGAAAAUAGCUAGACCUGCAGCUGUGGAUGUAAAGAAAACUGUUUCACAAAGUUCAACAAUCACAGAGAGAUUGUCAUCAUUUCAUGGAAGGCUACCACCUGACAAAGUAAAAGAAUAUAUCACGGCUGCUUUUGAGGGUGAUCUUGAAAAGGUUAAAGCUUUUGUGACGAACAAUCCAGCCAAGGUGGAUAGUCGAGCUGAUGGUCGCACAGCCCUGCAUUUAGCAUGUAACAAAGGACACCUUCCGAUUGUGCAGUUCUUGCUUGGUGCUGGGGCCAACAAAGACUUGGCAGAUGAUGAUGGUGAUACUCCACUGCACUAUGCUGCAGAUGGAGAAAAGAACUUGGUGCUUGAGGAGCUUUGUAAGCAAAAGGCAAAGAUGGAUACCAAAAAUAAAAAUGGACUGACUGCACUGCACAUUGCAGUGAGUCAAAAAGACUCUGCAAGUGUUGAUGUUCUAGUCAACUUUGGUGCAGAUGUUAAUGUUCAGGAUGCUGAUGGAGACACAGCCAUGCAUGAAGCCAUCAAAAAUAAUGACCAUAAGAUCAUCAAAUGUCUCCUCAAAUGUGAAAAGCUGGAUGGCAGUAAAACAAACAAAGAUGGCCAGAAUAUUAUGCACGUGGCUGCCAUUAAAGGCAAUGAAAGAGUGGUUGAAAAGUUGAUAAAACAGAAACAGAGCCUGGCAUCUGUCACAUGUGGACCAGACGAUUUCACUCCUCUGCACUUAGCAGCAAUAAAUGGACGCACUGCAGUUGCAGGCAUGCUGAUCAAGCAGGGAAAUGUACAGAUAAAUGCUAAAGACAAACAUGGUCGUACACCUCUGCAUCAUGCAGUCCACUGCUGUAAUCAGCAUGUCAUUGAUGUGCUGCUGUCGAUUGGUGCUGAUGUCAAUAUACAAGAUGAGGACGGCAACACAGCAGCUCACCUGGCUCAGAUGCCCAAGUCAUCAAGUGCAGUAGCGGAGGGGGGAGAUGUACUGGUGCAGUCCAUUCUGUGCAUGCUGGCUGAAUGUGGUGCUGAUCUAGGGAUCAGAAACAAAUUUAGUAAAACACCUCUGGACCUUUGCAAAGCACCAGAAGUGAAGGCAAAACUCAAAGGCAUUGCAGACAAAGUCAAGGGGAGACAACGUGACAGAGAUGAUAUUCCGCCUCACUGGACUACCAUGGACAACCAAGAACUUCUUGUGGAAGCUUUGAAACCAGAGAAUCCACUGACAGCUGAAGAAUACAAAGAUGUUAAGCAAAAAUUCCACAUGACCAUGAGCAAUGCAGAUAUUGUUUCCAUCAGGCGUAUUCAGAACCGGACACUGUGGGAUGUGUACCAUGCUACAAAGAGAACUAUGGAGCGGAAGUAUGGACUUGGAGCUGCCAAUGAGUUGGCCUUGUUUCAUGGGACAAGUUUUAAGUGUGUGGAGGCAAUCCAGCACCAGAACAUUGAUCCACUUCUGGCUGGUGAAAAUGUUGGAACUAUCUGGGGCAAGGGGGCCUAUUUUGCCAUUGAUGCUAAAAUCUCGGACAACUAUGCUUCAUCAGAUGAUGAUGGUUAUCGGUACAUGUUUAUGGCUCGAGUAUUGACAGGACAAAUUGCCCAGGGUGCAAGAGAUCUCAAGCGACCUCCACCUCUAGAUUCCACUAUGCCAAAUGCUCUUGCAGAUGCUGUGGUAGACGACAUGAACAAUCCACGUGUUUAUGUUGUUUUCCGCAACCAGCAGAUUUAUCCUGAGUUCCUAAUCCAGUACACAUGAUCCUUAUGAAUACUCUAAUUAAAAAGUUGAAAAUUUGUGAAUAAUGUGUAUAAUUAUACUAUUAGGAUGUAUGUCCAUGAAGUUUUUGCUUGUAAUCACAGCUUACUGCAAUUAGCCCUAUCUGUGGAUUAUUUAUAACAUUAAAAAGAAUUAUGUAUACAUUUUUAAGUAACUUCCUACCAAUUAAGUGUUAAUUAUAGUAUGUGAAAAGGGAUUUAUGUGACAUAAAAAGGUGAGCCUUUUUUCAGUAUAUAUGUCUUUUGUCAAUUGAAGGUAUUUAAAACUUUAGAGUUUUUAGCUGUGGUGGAGUUAAUAAGUUGAGACUGUAUUGGUAUCUCACAGCCAUAUUUUUUGCACUUAAAAUAGUUUUCUUGGCUUUAACUAUACCAAAAUCUUGUUUUAUGUAUCUAAAUCAUUUCAGGGAAAGUAAUUGUUCGCUUAAGUACAAAUUAUGUUCAUCAAGUAAACUCAUAAUUUACAUAAAGAGAGGAGAGGUGGGCGCAUUAGAAUGGGGGUGUUAGUUCUCUCUUUCUGUGACACAGCAUAGUAAAAGUGGAGAGUCGCUAUGCUGGACUACAAAGGGUACAUAACACUCUCGAAGAGCAAAUCUGAACUUUGAUGUUGUCUCCCCUGCUCCAGAUGAGACCAGAUUUUUAACGAAAGCUGUCGUGACAAAUGAAUGCAUCCAGACCCAGCAAGACUGUCCACAUAGGUGGCCUGAUAAAGAAACAGCUGUGUGAAAAAGUGAGGAGGGAAUGCCACUGACAGAAUGAGCUGUCCUGUUUAGCAGGAAUAUUUGUACUUUACUGUUUGACGAAGGACUGUAUGAACAGCUAAUGGUUUGACACCCUGCUGGUACAACUAUUAAAAAACACAAAAAAAAAACUUAACUAACGGAGACCUUCAGAUGUGAAAUUAGUCUGUGUUCCUAAUUUUCCCAAUAUCUCUAUUUUAUUUUCCAUGUUUUAUCAUGUGAAAGAGGAAUAAACACAUUGUCUUCAUGA